UACAUCUUGCCCGCGAUUGCAUCGAUGCGAGCCGGGUCCGCCUCGGCGCGGUAGCAGUGGGGGACGCUCGCAGACCCCGCCAGGUCCUCAAUCCCCCUGGCCCCGAGGACCGCCUCCCGAGUAACUUGCCGCUCGGACCACCACUCUCCGAGCCGGACGGUGGUGAAAUGGCGGUGGCACUAGCAAGGGUUCCUUCCGCUUGUGGGACCCCGCGCAUGAGCAUCAGUGGACAGUCCACUUCUGUGAGGCGCCAAGCCAUAAGCUCUCAGCUCGCCACCCCCUGGCUAGGUGGCCCCCUGCCUAGGUCCUCGGGACCGUCAAAGCUCCGGAGACUUUAUUGUGGAAGAGCUGGCAGCAAAGCUGCUGUGCCAGCACGAACAGCAGUGGCCGUAGCGGCAAUCGAACAAAACCCUGGGGUAGGAACGACUGCUCGUUCAACCUAUGAGGAGAGCAACCAAUUAGAAGCUGAGACUGGCCAGACACAGGGCGAAUCCCUGGAUGCCGACAAGCCGAACGACGAGGCCGAACAGAACGACGAUGCAGAGUACGAGGAGGGCCGUGACAAGCAGCGACGACAGGAGCAAGCAGGGGUAUCGGGAAGCGAAGACGGUACGGCGCCGGGUAAUGGCAUCGGGCGGGCCAACCUGCUGACGUUUUCGCUGCGUCAGCAUCUGCUUAUCCUUUCUGGGGGGAGGGGCAAGGGGGACGGAAAAGACAAAGGGGAGGGGAAGGGGAAGGGGGAAGGAACGGAAAAGGGGGACGGAAAAACGAAAAGAGAGCCGGCAAGCAAUGACCAGGAAGGGGGGGAGUUUGUGCAGGGACUCGGGCGGAUAAAGUCGCUCCAGCAGAGGACGGAUGAGAAGCGGGUGCGUAACAAGGAAGUAAUCAGUAAGGCGAAGGCGGGGAUGCGCGCGCGCGGCGAGCAGCGGGGCAUGAGCAUGGACCUGUGGAGCGAGGAGAAGCAGCAGCACUGGGAGGACUACCGGCGCGCGCGUGCGGAGUACCUGAAGGAGCGAGAGUCCCAGAGACCGAAGUUUGCGCUGGAGAACUAUGCAGACGCCGAAGAGAUGAUCACCGGGGAGGUGCGCGACCCAGCCGCGCCGAAUCCCCGGACGUACCACAUGGAAGAAGGCGGGAUUCUGAGCGAGGAGGAAAGGGAACGUUUGCAGCCGAUCACGAAGCCACCCCCUGAUCCGGUGAUCCACAAAGUCGGUCGGCCGUACAAGGGGGAGUGGGGGAUCAACCCAAAUUCAGCGGGGUGGGCCCCAGGUAAUCCAGAUUCGCCCGACACCGGAUCGCACCGUGGGAAGUUGAAUAAGUACGGAGAGGUGGCGACGAAGUUUCCAUACGGGACAUGGAUCGGGGAGCGGUUUGAGUCGACGUUCGAGGCUGCCCCCCUGACCAACAACAGCCCGUACUGGAGUCUCAACCACCGGCCGACGGUCAGUCAAAGCGUGACGAUUACACAGCACAAGGCGACGAACCACGUCAAGGGGGGGGAGCGGACGACAUCUUCGCUGGCGGGCCUCUGCAACCCGGCGAACAAGGUACCCCCCCGGGACGGAGAGCUCGAGCUGUUUAAGCAGCGGCCGAGGAACCGGCUGGCGGACGAUAGCAUUCGCAGUCGGGGGGUAACCAAAGCGAGCUACGAAGGGCAAAGCGAGGAGGAGAUGUUCGGGCUGCGGGAAGGCACGCUGCCGGACUCGCUGAACAUCAUCCGCAAGACGCGGGAUGCUGCGGAAUGGAUGGCGAAGGACUCGCCGGGCUUCACGGAGCUGAGCUUUACGCGGGGGAUCGUGAGCAAGGAGUACAAGAACGCGGUCGUGGACAAGAUGGCGCGCGAGAAGAUGCAGGAUGUGCCGCCGAUCUACAUGCGGCGGCUGGGUAGCAUGACGCGGCACCUGGACUGGAGCUUCGAGGUCGGGUACAAGUUCAACCAGGAGGAGUACGAGGAGGCUAAGGAGAGCCUGCAGCACGCGAUUGAUAUGGGGGAGGACGAAGAGUACAUUCGGAAAAAGCAGGACGAAGUGGAUAUGCUGGCCAAAAGAGUAGAGCAGGAGAGGCGGACGCUACCGGGGAAGCCGGAGUCCAUGACGGUGGUCUGAGCAGCAGGUCAACCGCGAGUAAGACGCUAUGCAUGGUAUGCACCUUUGGUUGCCAUCGCAUAACCCGACAUGAAGUGCGGAUUACUGUGGCUGUAUUGGUUGGGUCGCGAUUAUGAUUGGUCCAAUUAUAAGAAAGGGUCCGGUGCUUUUUGGAAAAAGUGACGCCCUUGUUACUCUCAUUUAGGAUUCAGAGGACAUCCUGAAACCACCGGCCGGAGCCUGGUCCUAGUCGCAC